AUGUUUUCCAUAAUCAAAUAUUUCAAUUUUUAUCUUUAAAUCUUCAACCAGAAUUUAUCAAAUAAUACAAACACUUUAAUUACUUCGUUAUAACAUAAUCAUUCGAAAGCGAGCCAUUAAAACAAGUUUAAAGGAAAAUUUUAGGGAAUGAAUUAGAAAACGGAGAGAAUCAUUUAAAAAUUAUAAUCCACCAAAGAACAAUUAUAGUUAAGUAUUGAAAAUAAUAAUUCAAAUAAAAAGUCUAAGCUUAACAAUAAAUUAUAGAAUUUAGAAGCAGAAUUACAGAAAAUCAAUCAAAAAGAUUAAGUUGCGAAAGAUUAUCAUUUGGUGUACGAUGGAUUGAUUCAAUAACUCUAAAUUACUUAAGAUCAAAAAAUUGGAGCACUAUCAUAAUCUUAAAGAAAUUAAAAUUUGUAAAUAUUGUGUUCCAUCAAAAAAUAAGCAAUUAAUUUACAAAGCUAAGUUUUAAAAAAAAACAUCUUGAUCCCCUUAUUUAAAUUUGCCAUAAAUGUAAUGAUGUAUACAAUUUUUUCAUAAUUUUUAAUUUUUCAAUGAAUAUCUGAAAUUUGGUUUUGAUUUUUUAUUUUAAUAUGCAAGAUUGAUAUUGAUGCAAAUAUCUCAAUAAGAUGAAAAUAAUCUUUUUAAAUAUUAAAAGGAUAAAUAAUUUCAAUCUUAAUACAAUAUAUAUGAUUGUAAAAAUAGUCAAAGGAAUAAAUCCAAUGAAUAUGAAGAAAAAAAUUUAAACAAUAUAUUGAAGAACCUGAGUACGAAAUAAACGAUCUGGUAGAAUAAGAAAGAUAUGAGAAAGAAAGGAAUAAAAAAUCAUACAACCAACCUAAAAAACCAUUAGGCUUUAAAUAACCUUUAGAUAUUGUUAAAUAAUUUGAUAAUUUAAAAAUUGAAGAUAAGUAAUAAGAAAAUAUCCAAUAUUAAUAAAAAAAUAACUAAAUUAGAUGAUUCUAAUUUAUACUAGAUUUGUUUUGAAUUUCCAAAGUAAUACGUGCCUUCUCCUUGUGGUCAUUUUACCUAUUGUCACAACUGUAAAGAAUUAGCAUUGAAAUAGUGUUUAAUCUGUAGAGAACCUGUAUAAUUGCCAAUUAAGGUUUUUAAGUUAUAUUGA